UCGGUUCAUUUUGUGACACGUAGCGUAGUCAACACCUGCUAACGUAACUGCCUUUGCUGUUAACUUGAUGCUAGCGACAGACAAGCGAAAGUAACCAAAGUAACCUGGCUAAUGUUGUUACUGCAGCUGUGCGACGUAACUUAGACUCAAAUAGGAGGGUAACGCAUCUGAUCGCAGAGUUAUCCAACCCCACGGUGCACAUGAGAGACCCUCAGAGGGUGAAGGAGAUCCUGCAGUCCAUGCAGAAGGCUGGCUCCAACACCAUCCAGGUGAUCUCAGACUUUGACAUGACACUAACAAGAUUUGCAUAUAACGGGAAGCGGUGUCCCACUUGUCACAACAUUCUGGACAAUAGCAAGCUUAUCACCGAGGAAUGCAAAGAAAAGUUGAAGGACCUGCUCAACACAUAUUACCCCAUAGAGAUCGACUGUGCGCGGUCAAUAGAGGAGAAGCUGCCCCUCAUGGUGGAGUGGUGGACUAAAGCCCAUGAACUUCUGGUGCAGCAGAAGAUCAAGAAAGACCUGCUGGCCAUGGUGGUGCGGGAGUCUGAUGCCAUGCUGAGGGAUGGCUACCAGCUGUUCUUUGACCACCUGCAUAAACACAGCAUCCCCCUCCUCAUCUUCUCUGCUGGAAUCGGAGACAUUCUAGAGGAGGUGAUUCGCCAGGCUGGAGUCUUCCACCCCAACGUCAAAGUCUUCUCUAACUACAUGGACUUUGAUGAGACUGGAGUGUUGAAGGCUUUCAAGGGAGAGCUGAUCCACAUCUACAACAAGAGGGAGGGCGCUCUGCUCAACACAGGCCACUUCCAGGAGCUGCGGACGCGGCCGAACGUGCUGCUGCUGGGAGACUCUCUGGGAGAUCUGACCAUGGCCGAUGGGGUGCAGGACAUGGAGAACAUCCUCAAGAUCGGCUUCCUCAAUGACAAGGUGGAGGAGAGGAAGCAGUCUUACUUGAACUCGUAUGACAUUGUGCUGAUGAAGGACGAGACCAUGGAUGUCCCUAACGCCAUACUGCUCUACCUCACCGGCAACAAGUGAACUGAGGAAGUGGUUCCUUUCACUGGCCAAUUAGUAUUGGGCAAUCCAGUGCCACACAGAGGACAUGUCGUCUGCUGAGGAAGUCCCGGUCCAGAGGGUGCAAGCAGAUUAAUUGCAACCAACUAAGAAUGUCUACUUCUGUCUUUUUUUUUUUUUUUUUUUUUUUUUUUAAAUAUGUUUUACAUAUUACUAAAAGCCACAUUUGUGUGAAUGUGUCUGGAUUUGUCUUUUUUUUUUUUUUUUUUUUUUGCCAGACUAUACUGUAUGCUGAAAUCUGAUGUGCAUCUCAUCACCCCACGAGCUAUUUGGCCUUCCACUCAUGUUCAUAGUCAAGCUGCUUUUCAGAUGAAGCUGGGUUGCACAGUUUUCAGUGCCCAGUUGACCUUACUGUUGUGGUGGAAGCCAAACUUUACUGAUGAUAUACACAGUCUACCUAAUGUGCACAAUGUAGUGUAAUGUGUGCAUGCAGCUAUGGUUGUUUGGAUUUGUUCUCUGUAUUCUGGAGGAAGGAGGUUUUCCUAGGCAGCGGUUAUUGUCUUGUUUUCAGAUUCUUAUAUUUGACUUAAAGGAUAAAGGGAAAGGAAAUCACACAGAAUGAAGGGCAACACUUGACUUUUGUAAUUUGGUUUGAAAUGUCAGUUUGAAAAUGUAAUACCCAUUAAUUGAAGUAGAUUUCGUCAAAUUUUCUCUGUCAGUGUUUUACAAUAUCAAGUCCUCCAAUUCAAAUUUUUCCUGUGUGAUUCAAUAUAGAUGUUUUUUUUGUUGUUGUAUGGAAACGGUUAUCUCUUUUGUGUAACACCACAGUGCAGCCAAAUGGUCAACUAGGACAACUGCACUUAAUUUAAAGGAAAGAAAAGCAAAGGCAACACACCAAUCUUAAUCGAAUGCAUGAUCUCCUUAAGGCUGUUUACUAAUCCAAGACAACUGGUUGUCAAAAGGACUGCCAACUCGACUGUGUCAUUGUUUUUCUUGAGAAUUUACACCCACUUCACCUUAAUACCAUCCACUCCAGUCCAUGUUACAUCAGAGCAAUGUUGAGCUGCCAAUAGGACAAAUAUUCCUAAACAUAGUUGUGUAAACUCUGUGCUUCUGAGGAGAAACGAUGCAAAGAUGUUCUCUUGUAACACUGUAAUUCUUGAGUGUUCAGUAUAGAAACCGAUGACAAACAUUUCUUGUCUUCGUGGACAAUGUGGUUGCCACGCACAGUGAUUCAUCCAUUUUAUUUUCUCUUCAUCUGUCCUAGAGGUUACCUCUUAACAUGCUCCAGCUUGUCUGAAAUAAAAUAUGACUCCAUCUG